CCUUCCUAUUCCAAAUUGCCCUGGAGAAGGUGGUGCAACAGUUCAGGAUCGACAAUAAACACGUGUUGUCACCGAAGCCCACAUCCUGUGAAUGAACCAGUGAUCGAUGUUCAGAACUAACAUCUUGCAGUAAGGAGGAGCGAUCCAUUAUCACAGUUCAAUGCGAUGGAGGUGGGUUUGCGCAAUUGAAAUGUUUCAGGAUCCAGGUAACAAAGAAUGCAACGUGAGGAAAUUGUGAAAAUGUCAACAGCUCAAGUUCCAGAUCACUUUUGCUGGAACCAACAUGAACUAAAGAGAACAGAGACCAUACAACACUUUGUAAAUCAGUUUUCUAAGUGGCAAUGUCGAAUGACGGGAUACAUACGUGAACUACAAGAGAUUGCAAACAGUAUUGAUCGGUAUCACAAAGGUGCCACAAUUGCAAAUGUCACAGGGUCUUCUGCAGGUGCUGUAGGAGGUGUGCUUACGCUUGCAGGAAUAAUUGCUGCUCCUUUCACUGCUGGCGGCUCCCUGAUACUCACUGCAGUGGGAGCGAGCAUAGGAGGAGCUGGUGUUGUCACUAACUUGACAGCUAGCAUCACUGAAUAUGUUACACGGUCAAAGAUGCAGAAAAGGGUAGAUGAGAUCAUCAGACAAUAUAAAAAUGAUUGGAAAGUUAUAUCAGCACACUUGACGAACAUCGACAGUAAUCUCCAGUUCCUGUGUCUUCUUAGUGAGGAAGAAAAUACCGAAUGUGAUUAUAAUGAAGGCACAACAGGGGAAUGUCAAAGGAACAGCAAAGUAAAGCAAGUCACCAGUAAACACAGGGAAAAUUAUUUGCCCAAAGUUAAAGAUAGAUUAUAUUUACAAGGGGUUAGGGAGGAAAGGAAUAUUUUCAACAAAUGCAGGAAAAAGUAUUUUGAUGAAGUUAAAGCUGGAUUACAAUCUGGUUCCAUCGGCACUAACACAUUUAAACUGACAACAUCAAUCAUGGGCAAACAAGUCUUACGCAAAUCUCCUGGCCUUAGCAAACUAGCUGAGAAGUUGACAUCUCUGAGUCGCAAUGUUGGAAGAACACAGUAUGCCCUGGAAACUGGGAAAGUGAAACAACUGCUUUAUGGAACUCCUCUAGCUUUGUCCAAAACUACAAGAGCUGUUUCAGGAGUUGUGGGAGCAAUCUUCAUAGUGUGGGAUAUCUACUCUAUAACUAAGGAUUCUAUUGAGCUGAGCAAAGGAAGUAAAACUGAAGUAGCUAAAAAGUUACGAGAUGAUGCUCAGAAGAUAGAUGAUGCAUUAAACCUGUAUGAGGACAUUUGCCAGUUUCUAAAAAGACUCUUGAGAGAGACUGGGACAUUGGAUAAUGAAGUCCAGGCUUGAACAGAAAAAGGAUGAAAAUUGUUUCUUUAAUUCCAGUGGCAUUGGACUUAGAUCAUAGGAUACUACAGUAAGGGAUCAAGCCCUUUGGUCCACAAUGUCUGUGCCAAACAUGAUGCCAAGAUAAACUGAUCUCAUCUGAUUCAUACUCCCCCUUUCCCUACAAAUCCAAAAACCUCUUAAACACCACUAUCCUAUCAGCGUCACCACCAACCCUGACAGAGAAUUCUAGGCAU